AUGCCUCCAAUCAUUCCAGACACCACUUCUGAUGUAUCAAAGAAACCCAUCACAGUUUAUCUUACCGGGUUCGGGCCGUUCCGGAGCUUCACCGAGAACCCUUCCUGGCAAAUAGUCUCCUCUUUCCUUCCUUCAGCUUCUGUUUCUACCGAUAUCUACGACAUUACUAUAAUCCCACACCCCGCCCCUGUCAGGGUCGCCUACGAAACUAUCGAUACCCUUAUCCCAUCGCUCCAUGCGGAAAAGAAAUUUGAUUACAUUCUCCACAUCGGUGUCGCAGUUCCCGGAGACUAUGAGAUUGAGACAGUCGCCCACGAAAAGGGAUAUGUAAAGGGUGAUAUUGAUGGCCUGAUCCCGGGUGGUAAAAAGGCGGACUCAGAAAAGGAAAAGAAGAACGAGACUGGCGACACGGGGAAGCGCGCCAUAGAGGACACGGACGGAGGGCAGGUUUAUAAGACGGAAUUAGAUAUAGAAAGAAUUAUCGGAAUGAUGGAUGCCUGUGGGAUAGUGCCAGAGGAGACACCCGAAAAACAGCUCGUAUUUAAAGAGUCGACUAAUGCUGGUCGCUACUUAUGUGAAUAUAUAUAUCGCACUUCGCUGCGGUGUGCCGAACACUCUUCAAGGAGAGUGUUAUUUCUGCAUGUGCCUCCUGAAGACGACCCAUAUAGCAUCAAAACCGGGGUGGGAAUGCUUGAAAAGUUUAUUAUCGCCUUUGUCACCGAAGGAGAAAGGUUAAGACGAAAACAGGAAAAGGAGCUUUAA